AUGGAUGAAGACGACACCCUUGCACCAAACAAAUGUCCAGUCUGCGGCAGUGAUCCUCGUACCCACCCUGGGUUACGCUUCAAAAUCAAUACGAAAUGCUACCACAGGAUAUGUGAAGGAUGUGUCGACCGAAAUUUCUCCAGUGGCAAGGCAGAGUGUCCAGUUGGCGGAUGUCACGUGAAUCUGUGGAAACGGGAAUGGCGGACACAGACCUUCGAAGAUCUGAAGAUUGAACGAGAGGUUGAAAUUCGUAGGAAGGUGAACAGGUUGCUUGAACGUCAAGAAACGGAAUUCGAGAGCAAGCGGGAUUUUGACGAUUUCUUAGAACUACGAGAGGAAUUGAUCAUGAAUCUUGUUUUUCGCACGGACGUAGCAGCAACGAACCGCAAGCUCAAGGAAUAUGCACAGGCAAAUGGCAUCAAACCGGAUACGACCGAUCCUGCUGAGACAGCAUUGAAAGUUGUUAAGCGAAAAGACACAGAUGCCGCGGAUCCGAGUGGGCUGAUUAAAGGCCUCAAAAAGAUCAUCAGACCCAAAGCGAGAGCACCGUAUGAUCCCUUCAUGGGUAUGCCACGAACGCAAGACUAUUAUGAAGUCAAGGACAGCUAUAUUACUCGCUUGAAACAGGGAAAGAAGAACGAUGUCAAGGACGCUUCAGGUUACAGCGAUUGGGACUAUGCCAAUGAAUGUCUCAAUCGAGCAUUCGCAGGACUUGGAGUGUUCAUCGACGAUGAGGUGUCCACCAAAAACAACACGAAUGUCCCACGAGCCAGCGUCCCUGCUUCCAAAGCUACAGGUGACGUAUUCUCAUGA